AUGGAAUUAGAGAAUGUGGAAGAUGUAGACUUAGAAAAUGCAGAACAUGUAGAAUUAGAGAAUGCAGAAGAUGUAGAAUCAGAAAAUGCAGAUGUUGUAAAAUUGGGAAAUGCGGAUGUUGUAGAAUUAGAUCAACUCUCAGUAGGCAUUUCUUAUACAUCAUGGGACUUAGCUGAAGCACGUCUCAACAGUUAUGCUAAAGCCACUGGUUUCUCAUUACAUCGGAAAAGAGUAACAAUCAACAAUGAUGGUGAAGUUAGACGACGUACGUUUGAAUGCUCACAUUCUGGAGAGCCUAUUAGUAAUAAAGUUGUUGAUCUUUCUCAGCAAUGUAAUAGAAAUUCAAAAAAAGUUUCAUGUACAUGGCAUGUGAAUUUAUCAAAACCAAAGUCAUCUCCGGUGAUUCUUGUUACAAGUAUAGUAGGUGAGCACAACCAUGAAAUGCAGCCAGAUGCCAUGUUAUAUGACCCAAAGUAUAGGAAGCUAUCUACAGAGAUCAUAGAGUCAAUAGAGUUUUACGUCACUAAGGGAAAUAUGAGAUCUAAGCAAAUCUUAUCACUUUUGACUGCGAAAUUUCCUGAUCAUAUAAUCCAUAAACAUGAUCUUUAUAAUGCUAUUCAAAAGUUUCGAACAACACCUACUCAACGGCAUAUGGAAGCACAAAGUUUCAUUAAACAUCUGUUGCAGCUAAAGAACCAGGAUCCAGGUUGGAUUGUUAAUAUUCAUAUGGACCCAUAUGAUAAUAGCACAUUUGAAAAUGACUUUUAUAGGCGAUGGUCAUGUUUGUUAGAAAAAUAUCCACAGACACAAGAUUAUUUUAACAGGACAUUACAGGGGUGUGUUAAAUCAUGGGCUCGGUUUUAUCAAUUAAAGUUCUUUACAGCUGGAGUUCAAAGUACUCAGCGCAUCGAAGUGAUGAAUAAAUUACUUAAAGAAGGUGUAAAAGGUACUUCUUCAUUGCGUAAUCUUUAUGACCACAUUCAAAAUCUCUUGGAUAAUGAGGCUAAGUGGGCAAGACAUAAUAGCUACCUGAAUUCAGUUCCUACUAAUCAAGCACCAUCAAUCGUCGAAUCUGUAUUUCAGAAAGUUGUUGAGAUAUUAAAGUUAUAUAUAACACCUCAUAUUUUAGCUGUGCAACAACAACAAGUCAUAGGAUCUCUUUUAUAUAAAGUGCAGUUACGACAAAAGGAUGAUAUUCAAGAAAAUACACAAUUGGAUUAUGAUAAUGGUUUCUUAGAAGAUGAACUUGAUCGGCCACAAAUUUCCAUUAUGGCUUUAAUAAAGGAUAUUGAUUCAAGUGAAGUUGUUGAAAUAUGGGAGGUGAUGAUGAAUACCAAAACGGCAAUGUUUCAUAUCGAGUUGGUAGCUAGACGUUGGUAUCGGGAUGAUCAACAAGAUAAAGGUUUGGAGGUUUUACAACAUCAAAACAUUAAUAUUUCGAUGACAUUUCAACAAAACAACACAAACAUGAUCUAUCCAGAUCUUCACAUUAUUGAACAAAUUCGAGGUUCUACAUAUAACAAAAAAAACCAACAAUUAGCGAGCAAAAAGAUCAAAUAUGCUAACGGAUUUGGCAAAAUGAAAAAAGCACUUAACUUUGUUUUGAACCUUGGGUGUGAGGAAGAAUUAAUUAGCAUGAUUACUCAGUUUGUUGAUCAAAAAAAGUCUUUGCUUGAAGUUGUGAAUGACCCUUUAGUUACAAAAUGUCGUGGGCGACCACCAACAAAAAGAUUAAAAAGUUCUUCUGAAGCUCAAGGUUAUAAAGGACAAGCACAUAGUAAUCAUGCAAUUAACCCUCCGGAUCCUAAUUUAAGGAUACCUUUAUCAAAUAUUAGUUCAAAUAAUAGUCAUGCUAUAGAAGAGAGCAAAAGAAAAUAUGUAUGUAAUGUAUGUGGUAAGGUAGGACAUAAUGCACGCACAUGUAAGUAG